AAGGGGCGUUUUCAGGGCCGAGAGAGUCUUUUAGGUUUGGAGGAGGGGCGUCAGCGCGCGGGAAAUCGGGCGGGAAGAGGCAAAAAAAAAAAAAAAAAAAAGGAUUAGGGCGCGCAGCGGGGCGGUUCCCGUUCUUACAGUCGCGUGGCCCAGGAACCGCUGUUGCGCGAGGGAAGGCGGGACGCCCAGGUUGGUGCUAGGUCCAGAGGAAUGCCCCGUUUCCUCAGUCCACAACUCGCGUCUCCCUCUCGCCCCACCUCGCUUCCCGCCGGGCCUGCGGGGCGAGCUGCGCGUCGUGAUGUUCUUGAGAAUCGGGCUGUUCAUUGUGUAUGAGCAGUUGGGAAAUAGUGCUCUCCAGCUCACACCUCCCCUGUAAGUUAUUUCUGCCUGUAGUGACUGUGAUUGCUCAAUUUCUCCAGAAAGAGAGGAAGGAAAACCUUAAGAAUUCUCAGGAGUAGAUGCAGGUCUAUCUUUUAACCAUACAGCUGGGUUUGGUUUAUUCAUUUUGAGAGUAUCUCUUAACAGGUACCUCCGUACUGUUUUCCGUAGCUGCUGCAUCAUUUUAUAAUUCCACCAACAGUAGGGCCAUUUCUGAACAGUAGAGGUAACAGUGACUCCACUGAACAACCAGUUCCAAAUCCUGUCAUCAAAUCUAUGUUCCUGUUCCAAAUGGUAAUACAUGCAUAUUAUUUCUUUUAUUUUAAAAGAAAUGAGUGUAACUAAUAUUGCAUUAAGAGUUGAAACCUGGCUUUUAGCUACGUGGCAUGUUAAAGUACCUCUAAUGUGGCUGGAAGCUUGUAUUAACUGGAUCCAAGAAGAAAAUGGUAAUGUUAAUUUGAGUCAGGCACAAAUGAAUAAACAAGUGUUUGAGCAAUGGCUUCUUACUGAUUUGAGAGAUUUGGAACAUCCUCUUUUACCUGAUGGCAUUUUAGAAGUUCCAAAAGGAGAACUGAAUGGAUUUUUUGCUCUGCAGAUUAAUUCAUUGGUUGAUGUCAGUCAACCUGCGUAUUCCCAGAUACAAAAGUUGAGAGGAAAGAAUACAACAAAUGAGUUAAUUACAGCUGAAACACAAGUAACCCCAAAACCUUGGGAAGCAAAGCCUUCACGAAUGUUGAUGCUGCAGCUAACUGAUGGAAUUGUACAAAUGCAGGGAAUGGAAUAUCAGUCUAUUCCAGCUCUUCGUAGUGAUCUUCCCCCAGGUACAAAAAUUUUGAUUUAUGGAAACAUUUCUUUCCGUCUUGGUGUUCUCUUACUGAAACCAGAAAAUGUAAAGGUGUUGGGAGGGGAAGUAGAUGCUCUCUUAGAGGAAUAUGCCCAAGAAAAAGUACUUGCAAGAUUAAUUGGGGAACCUGAUCCUAUAGUUUCAGUAAUACCAAAUAAUUCUAAUCAGAGCAUCCCUGGAAUUACAGAUGUUCUAGAUUCUGCAUUAGGACCUUCUGAUGAAGAACUCUUGGCAAGUCUUGAUGAAAAUGAUGAACUUAUAGCAAAUAGUGACACCUCCUUAGAAAGAAGAUGUUUCAAUACAGGUAGUUCCUCAAAUACUAUUCCCACAGAGCAGUCAAGUUUUGAACCACAACAAAUUAUUUCUCCAAAACCAAAGGAGGAAGCACCAAAUCAAUCUAUGUAUUUCAGUGAUGGGGAAUUAGAUGACUUUUCACUGGAGGAGGCUUUGCUUUUAGUAGAAACUGUCCAGAAAGAACAAAUGAAGCCUAAAGAAUUGCAGCCAUUGACUUUGAACAGAACCCCGGGUGAAAGUAUAGAGAGAUUUUCACAUAAACCUAAUGCUAAGGAUAAUUUUUCUUUGAUAUGCAAAAAUGGAAACCAUAUUUGGAAUGAGAAAAAUUUAUCUGAACAAAUGACUAAUGAAGGCAAAUCUUGUCCAUCUGCCGGAGACCAAGACAGUAGUAUUUUUUCAGUUCAUAAUGUAUCCCUUCCCCAUGACUUUACAAAUAAAGACUCAGAGACAGAUAAUAAAACAGAACAAACCUUCAGUAGUGCCGAUGGACAUUCCUUAAAUAAUAAAAUGUCAAUAUCAAAUGGAGAGCUGGUAAAUUAUUUACCAAAAAGGAGUUCACACAUUUCUAAUGAAAAUGAUCACCAUUUACAGACUUGUUCUUUAAGAUCAUCAGAGAACAGCACUAACCUUUCUAUUGCCAUGGAUUUAUAUUCUCCACCCUUUAUCUAUUUGUCUGUUUUAAUGGCCAGCAAACCAAAGGAAGUUACAAUAGUGAAGGUCAAAGCAUUUAUUGUAACUUUAACUGGAAAUCUUUCAAGUUCUGGUGGCAUUUGGAGUAUAACAGCAAAGAUUUCCGAUGGCACUGCAUAUCUAGACGUAGACUUUGUGGAUGAAAUACUUACUAGUUUGAUAGGGUUUUCAGUACCAGAAAUGAAACAGUUAAAAAAGGAUCCUCUUCAGUACCAAAAGUUCCUGGAUGGUUUGCAGAAGUGUCAGAGAGAUUUAAUAGAUUUGUGCUGUCUAAUGACUAUUUCAUUUAAUCCCUCCUUGUCUAAAGCAAUGGUACUGGCAUUACAAGAUCUUGAAAUGGAGCACCUUGAGAACCUGAAGAAGCGACUGAAUAAAUAAUUUACCAAAAUUGUAUUAGAAAACAAUUAACCAAGAAAAUAUUUAGAAUUAAAUUUGACCUUUUAUGUUUGAAACUUUUUUGUAAAAGGGAAAAAGGAAGUCUUAUACCUUAUUUUGGUUUAAUUUUAAACUGUUUAACUAUGUUUGUAUAUUUAGGUUUUUUAAAUAAAAUUUUUUAUUGUAAUGGUUAGACAAAAGAAUUUGGUGACCCAUUGUUAUCGAGAAUUUUGUUUUCUGCUUGUCAUUCCACAUAAGACGAUUGCUAAAGUAUUGUGUUGGUGUUUACUGAUGAGUCAUAUUGUUGGAAGUUAGCAAUUAUAAAUAGGUAGUUGUACUUCUCAUAUGUUGAGUUACUCAGAAGGAUUUUUUUUUAUAUUAUUAUACUUAGGAAAAAAUCUAAAUCCAGUGGAUCAGAAUGUCAGGAUUUCAGAUGCAAAAAUGCUUUGUUGGUUUUUAUUUUACUGAUAGUAAAUAUUUGGUAUACUUUU